AUGCAGGUAAAUGCCCACGACGAAGACGAGGAACAUGAUGUUCCACAGCGCCGAGCCCAGAUCCCCAACUCGCCACCCCCGUCGUUCCACUCCCGCGCCUCCUCGCCGACACGAAAUGGCCGGGUCAACAACGAUCUCGCCGAUGCCUUUGAUGACGACGAUGCCAGCGACGACGAAGCCGACGACAGACAACGACUCGUUCGGCAGAACUCGACGCCGACCAUCCGAUCUGCCGACUCUGCACGGUCCUCUGCUCCGACGGCGCCUGCACCAACCCCAGCGACCCCGGACAACGCUUCGUCUGGGUCACGACCCCGAGUGAUGGGAGGCGGCGUUGGGACCGACGGAGUGUUUGCCAACAUGUCAGCCCGACCUGAGCGGACGGAUGUUAAUGCUGAAAAGGAGGAACAGCCACCGACGUACGAACAAGCUGCUGCCGAUGCCGCCCCGCCGUACUGGGAGACGACAAUUCUUGCGCCCGGCUACGGAGGUGCCGACGAAGUCUAUGUGGACGGCAUGCCCGUCGGCUCGGUUUUUUCAUUCAUCUGGAACGGCAUGAUCUCAACCUCAUUCCAGCUUGUCGGAUUCCUGCUUACCUACCUCCUCCACUCGACUCACGCUGCCAAGAACGGAUCGCGAGCAGGCCUCGGCAUCACCCUGAUCCAGUACGGCUUCUAUAUGCGGGAGACGCCCGAUGAGGCGCCAACGAUGACGGGUCCCGACGGAUAUGCGGCGCCGCCAGAUCCCAACUCGCACAACUUUGAUCCCGACGAUGUUCGUGAUGACGGCUCUGGCAUCUCUGGUAACGACUGGAUGGCCUAUAUCUUGAUGGUUGUCGGCUGGUUCCUCCUCAUCCGGAGCGUGGCCGAGUACAUGCGAGCCCGACGGCAUGAGCAACUGGUGCUGCAGAGCCCCGACCGAGGGCUCGGCGUUCCGGUCAUUGCCGAGGGCGAGAGCGCAGAGCACGUGGUAUAG